AUGGUAAGUUGGAGUAUGGUGCAGCAUUCAAGUCCUCUUCCGAUCAGCAGCCGCCGACCGAGCCCGAAGCUAACCCUCGUCACUAGCACCCUCUUCCGGAGGAACUGGACCAUGCUCGGCGCUGUCUUUGUCGGUGCCUUCGCCUUCGAGAUUGGCUACGACAACGUGAUGAACAAGGUCUGGGACAACAACAACCGGGGGCGCCAAUGGAAGGACAUCCGGCACAAGUACAUCGAAGGUGGUGAUGAAGAGUAG